GAUGAGUGUUAUCCUGAGACAACAGUCAUGAGGUGUACGAUAUUACUUCUAAUUGCGCUGAUGUUAGCUUUGGCAACAACUAUUGUAGAAAUGGGAAAAUGUAAGAACCCCCGACGACCAACUUCUUUUUGCACGAAGCGUUCUGGUUGUCCGUAUACAUACAAAUGCGAUAAGAGAAAUCAAAGGUGCUGCCAGCUCAAUUUAGGAGCAAUUCCGGAUUGUAUAACAUUUUUUAAUGAAACUGAUGGGAUACCGAGAAAGUGUAGAGGAGGUGGUUCAAAAAGAUGUCCUCCUAACUAUACAUGUAAAACUGAUCCGAAAAAUUCCUUUUCUCUCUGCUGCAAAUGUGAAAUAUUAUGUAUAGACCAUAAAGGAAACAGCCAUUGUUCACCAUGGAGGGCAACUGAUGGAUGUAAUAAUUGCAAAUGUGAAGCUGAUGGUACAUCACAAUGCACCAAUACUAUAACUUGCCAAAGGGAGUGCAAGAAAAAAUUGAAGAACACAUGUGAAAUGUGCGAAUGUACAUUUACAAAUGGAUGCAUUGUGAAAAGACCAUGCGAAACAGGAACAAAAGGGAAAUUUUCUGACUAUACCCCAUGCCCCAAAGACUGUGGCAAGAAAGCCAGAGUAAGACAAUGCAGUUCAACAGGAAGAGAUGGCCAACCAUGCAAAGACAUGCAUGUUGAAAUCAAAGAUUGCCAAGAAACAUGUCACGUACAGCCUGGUGUGAGAUUAUCUGAAAUAGAAGGUAUUGUUCUUGGGGGUCAGGAAGUUAAGAUACCUUUUAACUAUCGUUGGAUGGUUUCCAUGGAUAUACCUUUUGGAUGUGGAUGUGGGGGGUCUAUAAUCAGUUCAACACAUAUCCUAACGGCUGCACAUUGCCUUCCACGUUCUUGGCAAAGAGACAAGUAUGUUACCAUCAAAACUGGCAAACAUGAUCUUACCAAAACUGAACCAUAUGAGCAAACUCGCACAAGCAUGAAAUUCAUUAUUCACCCAGGUUAUAAUGCUAUCUCAUUUGAUAAUGAUAUUGCUAUCCUUGUUGUUGCUCCCCCAUUAGAAUUUAACAAACACACUCAACCUGUUUUACUACCAGAAAAUUUUGACAUUAAAAAAGGAUUAUGCAGAGUUAUGGGCUGGGGAGACACCAAUAUAGAUGAUGGUACAUGUAAGUCUAUGUCUGAUGUUUUGCUAAAUUUUCAAAGUAAAUUGGAUGACCCGUGUCUCAAGGUAACAAUUACCGAAAACAUGUUGUGUGCAAGUGGUCAUAGUAAAAAAUUUAAUGGGUCUGAUUCGUGUUAUGGCGAUUCUGGGGGCCCCUUGGCAUGUCGGCACAGAAUAACCAGAAAAUGGGUGCAACAUGGUAUUGUCAGCUGGGGUCUUGAAUGUGGCACAGGAUCUGGGGUGUAUACUAAGGUUGUAAACUAUAUCGAUUGGAUCAUGGGUGAAUUAGGGUACUGGGGAGGAUUCAGUGAUUUCACACCAUGCUGUAAGUCAUGUGGCGGAGGAACACAGUCUCGUGUCAGUAUGUGCCACAGACCACCAUCAAUACCACAUGGGAAGUGUAAGGACCCACAAGUAGACAACCAACGCUUGAAAACUCUGGAUGGGGAGACUGUCUUGGUUGAGGAGGUUGAGUGCAACACACAAAAAUGUCCAUAUGGAUAACAUUGACAUCUGAUUGCAAUGUAAUCGAGAGCAUGAAAUAAA